AUAAUUGAUAUAAAAAAGAACAUGGAAAGAUUGAAUUUUUUGAUAGAAUAACAAGAUGAAGCUUAUCUAUCUUUUGGCUCUUACUAUUGGUGUCUUUGCUACCCUAAUUGCUGCUGCUCCCCAAAACCGAGACCAUGACCGCGACCGAGACCAUGACCGCGACUGGGACCAUGAUCGCGACUGGGAUCAUGACCGCGACUGGGAUCAUGACUAUCGUCAUAGAAGACACGGAGAUCAUGACUACAAGAAGAGAGAAGUCAGUUCUUUUGUAAAGCGAGGUGAUGAUGAUCAUCAUGGCGACCAUGACUACAGACAUGGACACCAUGGCCACAGACAUGGACACCAUGACUGGGACUGGUACCACCGCCAUCGACACGGCCACCAUGGCUACAAAAAGAGAGACGACCAUGACGACCAUGACGAUCAUGACGACCACGACGACCAUGACGACCAUGACUGGGACCACGACGACGAUCAUCAUUAUUAGGAAUUGUAUCAGGUUAUUAACUCAAAUUCUAUCAACUCAAAUUCGUUCAUAUUUUUUUAUUUUGUAUAUGUGUAAAUAACAAAUAAAUAAAAAAUUUCUGUCGUCUGUAUCAACUAAAA